AUCUUUUCCCUCCUAUAUAAGCGCCACUUAACAUAUUGAAACCAAAACUGAAACCUCUCACCUUGAAGACUUGAAGACGGUUGGAUCUUCAUUCUCGGCAAUUUAAAAGGAUUUUACCUUAACAGGAUCACUUUCUCUCUCAAAUUUAGGGUUUAUAAAGGUGCAGAUUUAGGAAAGAAGAUUUGUUGUUUGGAUUUUCAAUAUUUGCUGGAGGAAUAUGGCAUUGGGAAGGAGGUGUAAUUCAAUGAAGUCAAAGAGUGCUGGAUUUGAGGGUGAAGAAGGGUUUGGAUUAGGGUUCGUGAAACACACCCGAAGUUUUGGGAGGAAGAGGGUUUUAAUUGAUAAUAGUGCAGAUUCUAUGCUUUUUGAUUCGCCUAUUAACACUCCAUUGAAAAGGCUUUGCAGUUUAGAGCCUGAGAAAUCUGCUCUCGAAAGCCUGCCUCAGGAUAUUCUGGUUAGGAUUCUCUGUCGUGUUGAUCAUGAUGAUUUGAAGCAGCUUUUCCAUGUAUCUACAGUUAUCAGAGAAUCUACUGUGGUUGCUAAAAACUGCCACUUCGCCUAUAGUACACCGAGAAAAACUCCUGCUUUUCGAACUCCAAUUUAUUUCGAGGACACAAACGAGUUGGAUGAAAUUGAAGCCCCAAAUGCACCGAAGCAACUGCGGUCUUACAGGUCCCGACUAAAUGGGAAGAAACUCUCUGACAUAUCAGUGGCAUUGUUUGCUUCCCCAAAGAAGGGAUUGUUCAUGGAAACAGAGGAGGCGUGAGAGCAAGACAAAGGUGUUGUAUAUAACACGGAUUUGUUGUUUGUUGUAGAUAGGAGGAGGAUUGGAGUUCUGGAUUUUAAUCAGAUCUCGUUUUGGGUGUUCUCUGUACAUGGCAAGAAUCUUUACAGGCCAAGGUUUAUUCUUCAACCCUUGCAUUGAAGAUAUGGAUUGGCUUGUUUGUAUCUUUGUGAGUGUACAUGUGGGGUUAGUGAGAUAUUUGUUAAGUGCAAUCUUUUGCCCUUCUGAUUCCAUAAAGAAUGGAAAACAAAAAUCAUAGUGUACAUCUGCAUACGAUUUAUGCUUAAUAAAAUGAAGAACUAUUGAUUCAUUGAA